UGAAAACCUUCCCGUUGCUCCUGAAUUGUUGAAAAUGGGUAACUGCGUUUGCUGCCAAUGCUGCAGACGUUGUUUUAAAAUCCUUUUUCGAAAACAAGAAUCUCAUUCUGAUGGGGAACGAGUUUCUCUUCUUCCUCCAUCGAAGAAGAGCCCACUCCACGUCCAGGUAUCAGCCAGUAAAGACUAUGGUAUCGCUUGUGCCAACCUUCAAGGGAUCAUGUUUUUGGAAAAGUCUUCGUACAAAGAAUCAGUUUGCUACCAUGAUGCUCUAGGAGGAACUAAUGCAAAGCAUUUGAAUUUGGAGAAUGAAAUUGAUGAGGGAAUUUGUAGCUGUGAAAAUGUUCAUCCCAAAUCUUUAGACUCUGAAAUUGACUCUGUGGCUUUUAAUGUUCCUAGUGACUUUCAAAGUGACCUUGGCAUAGUGGAAGUGCCAGGCUCCUCUUGCACAUUCGCGAAAUGUGUUAAAAAUGAACCUACAAACAAUAUUACUCUCUUAGAACUGCAAGAUGAGACUCUGGAAACAGCCGACCGAGAUGUUGCUUAUGCAGAGCCAGAAAACCAGACUUUACAAACACAAAGCAGCUGGACCUAUCCGAAUGUAUUCAUGAAUCUGGACUCUUCACGCAAUCCUAAUAGAAAGGCUCCUCCUGCAAUAGUGUACACCAUUCAGUUUGAAAGAGAGGAAGCUGGAUUUCCACUAUUUGCAGAUUUAAAAACCAGCCCUCUUUCUGCGUGUGAUACAAAUGAACCAAUGUGUGCUCAAAAACACAAGGUGUGCAUUAGUCUUGGGAAAGGAAUACUGCGUUCAGAUCAUUCUACCGGUAUGACACUGAUGAAUGGUGAUGGAGAACACAAGCAUGAGGCUGAUGUGGAAACAAAACAGAAUGGACAUGAUGCAGGAGAACCGACAGAAGAUGGAAAUGAGCAAGAAGUCAUUGUUAUCCAGGACACCGGUUUUUCGGUCAAGAUACAAGUUCCCGGGUUAGAGAUGUUUACUAUCCAGGUCUCUCCGCAGGAGAUGGUGCAAGAGAUCCACCAGGUUUUAAUGGACCGAGAGGACACUUGCCAUAGGACCUGCUUCUCUCUGCAACUCGAUGGAAAUGUUCUAGAUAACUUUGCUGAACUGAAGACCAUUGAAGGCUUCCAGGAGGGCUCUGUGCUCAAGGUGGUUGAAGAGCCAUACACCGUGCGGGAAGCCAGGAUCCAUGUGCGUCAUAUACGAGACCUCUUGAAAAGCUUGGACCCAUCUGAUGCUUUCAACGGCGUGGAGUGCAAUUCCCUUUCCUUCUUGAGUGUGUUCAGCGAUGGCGACCUUGGAGAUAGUGGAAGAAAGAAAAAGAAAGGAGCGGAUAUUGAACAGAUCGAUUGCACUCCUCCUGAAUAUAUCCUGCCCGGAAGCAAAGAGAGACCUCUAUGUCCGCUUCAACCACAGAACAAAGACUGGAGGCCUUUGCAGUGUCUAAAAGUUCUCACCAUGAGUGGCUGGAACCCUCCGCCUGGCAACCGGAAGAUGCACGGAGACCUGAUGUAUAUCUACGUUAUUACCAUGGAAGAUCGGCACGUGAGCAUCACUGCUUCCACCAGAGGAUUCUACCUCAAUCAAUCUACUGCUUACAGCUUUAAUCCUAAACCAGCCAAUCCCAGCUUCCUCAGCCACUCCCUGGUGGAACUGCUGAAUCAGGUCAGCCCUACAUUCAAGAAGAAUUUUGCUGCCCUACAGAAGAAAAGAGUUCAGAGACAUCCUUUUGAACGGAUUGCCACCCCAUUCCAGUUAUACAGCUGGACUGCACCCUUAGUUGAACAUGUGAUGGACUGCGUCAGAGCGGAGGAUGCCUACACAUCUCGUCUUGGUUAUGAAGAGCACAUCCCAGGACAGACCAGAGACUGGAAUGAAGAACUGCAGACCACAAGAGAAUUGCCACGCAAAAACCUGCCAGAAAGACUCCUGCGUGAAAGAGCUAUUUUUAAGGUACACAGUGACUUUGCUGCAGCAGCUACGAGAGGAGCCAUGGCAGUAAUUGAUGGCAAUGUCAUGGCCAUAAAUCCAAGCGAGGAGACAAAAAUGCAGAUGUUUAUAUGGAAUAAUAUCUUCUUCAGCUUGGGUUUUGAUGUCCGGGAUCACUACAAAGAUUUUGGUGGUGAUAGCGCUGCCUAUGUGUCUCCCACAAAUGACCUUAAUGGGGUACGGACAUACAAUGCUGUGGAUAUUGAGGGGCUGUACACACUUGGGACAGUGGUAGUGGAUUACAGAGGUUACAGGGUAACUGCACAAUCUAUAAUCCCUGGAAUAUUGGAGCGAGAACAGGAACAGAGUGUUAUAUAUGGUUCUAUUGACUUUGGCAAGACUGUUGUCUCGCAUCCAAAGUAUUUGGAGCUUUUGGAGAAGACCAGUCGGCCACUCAAGAUCCAGAAACACAAGGUCCUGAAUGAUAAGGAUGAGGAAGUGGAACUGUGCUCUUCGGUUGAAUGCAAGGGUAUAAUUGGCAAUGAUGGACGCCAUUAUAUCUUGGACCUUCUACGGACUUUCCCUCCAGACCUCAAUUUCCUCCCUAUUGAAGGAGAAGAAAUGCCAGAGGAUUGUAAGAAAAUUGGGUUUCCUAAGGAGCACAGGCACAAACUGUGUUGUCUACGCCAGGAACUGGUGGAUGCGUUUGUAGAACACAGAUACCUCCUGUUCAUGAAGAUGGCUGCCAUGCAGCUGAUGCAACAGAAACCUUCCGUACAGGAGAACGCAGGUGCUUUGGAAAAUGGAAGCUCGCCAUCGGAAGCUAGUAAUAAGGACGAGCAGGCAGAAGCUGCCAAAUCAGAAGACAAUCCAGAGAGCAUUGACGAUACAGAGGCCAAGCUCAGAGAGCUGGAGGAAAGCAUUGAGGCCCAUAAUGAAACGGUGGAUGCAAAAAGUAGAGAGGUGAUCCGGAAAGCUUGUGAGUCAGUUUGUUCCAUCAGUGACACAUCCUUCGACAUUCGAUUCAACCCUGAUAUCUUCUCACCAGGCGUGCGUUUUCCUGAGUCAAUUCAGGCAGAGGUGCAGGUUCAGAAGCUAUUAUUAAAGGACGCGGCUGCUUUUGUGCUAACCUGUCAGAUACCAGGUUUGAUUAAAGAUUGUCUUGAACACAAUAUUGUUCCCAUGGAUGGGGCCACUAUGACCGAUGCAAUGCACCAGCGAGGAAUCAACAUGCGAUAUUUGGGAAAAGUCAUUGAUAUUGUCAAUAAGUUUCCCAUCCCACCCCAGAUAGAUCACGUACAUAGAAUUUUAGUAAGUGAAGUGAUUACCCGUUCUGCAAAGCACAUAUUUAAGACCUACCUUCAGGGUGUGGAGUUGUCCGGAUUAUCUGCUGCCAUCAGCCACUUCCUGAAUUGCUUCCUCAGCUCCUUCCCUAAUUCUGUUGCUCACUUGCCCACUGAUGAGCUGGUGUCCAAGAAAAAGAAUAAGAAACGCAAGAACCGAAAUCUCAGCAGUGUUGAUAACACCGCAUGGGCAAGCGUCACUCCUCAGGAGCUGUGGAAAAGCAUCUGCUCAGAAGCUAAAGCCUACUAUGAUUUCACUCUGGAAUGUGAAAAUGUAGACCAAGCAGUGGAGAACUAUAACAUCCAGAAAAUCAGUCUUCUGAGAGAAAUAUGUGUCAAAGUUGGAAUUCAGAUUCUGCUGAAGGAGUAUAAUUUUGACAGCAAACAUAAGCCGACUUUCACCGAAGAGGAUAUAUUAAACAUAUUCCCAGUGGUGAAACAUGUCAACCCCAAAGCAACGGAUGCGUUCCAUUUCUUCCAGAGUGGGCAGGCUAAAGUACAGCAAGGUUUUCUGAAGGACGGUUGUGAAUUAAUCAAUGAAUCCUUAAAUUUGUAUAACAAUGUCUAUGGUGCCAUGCACGUGGAGAUUUGUGCCUGCCUACGACUUCUAGCACGGCUCAAUUACAUCAUGGGCGACUAUUCUGAGGCCUUAAUCAACCAGCAGAAAGCUGUAAUAAUGAGUGAGAGGAUACUUAGCGUUGAACAUCCCAGCACCAUCCAUGAAUAUGUUAAUCUAGCAUUAUAUUGUUUUGCAAACAACCAACUUUCCACCGCAUUAAAUUUGCUGUACCGGGGACGGUAUCUCUUGCUGUUGGUGUAUGGAGAGGGACACCCAGAUAUGUCUCUGUUAGAUAGCAACAUUGGACUAGUGCUUCAUGGAGUAAUGGAAUAUGACCUCUCCCUCCGAUUCCUGGAGAAUGCUCUCACAAUAAACACCAAAUAUCAUGGAUCCAAGUCUCUGAAAGUAGCACUCAGCCAUCAUCUUGUAGCCAGAGUGUAUGAAACAAAAGGAGAGUUCCGCUCUGCCUUACAACACGAGAAAGAAGGGUAUACAAUCUAUAAAAACCAGCUUGGGGAGCAACACGAAAAGACCAAAGAGAGCUCAGAUUACUUAAAGUACUUGACACAACAGGCCGUGGCUUUACAGCGUACAAUGAAUGAGAUUUAUAAGAAUGGAUCCAAUGCCAAUAUAAUGCCUCUAAAGUUCACAGCUCCAAGCAUGUCUAGUGUUUUGGAUCAACUUAACAUUAUCAAUGGAAUCCUGUUCAUCCCACUCAGUCAUAGGGACCUGGAGCAUCUGAGAGCUGAAGUUCAACGUCGCCACCUGCUCCAAGAAUCCAUAAAAAUAGCUGAAAACCAAGAAGGGAAAGUGCAAGAAACUAAAGAGCAAGAAGAGCCUCAAACUAGCACAACAACAAACGAAACACCCGAGACACAGAACUCUGCUUAGUCCUCCACUGCCUUUUUAUUUUUCAGUGUAAAACACCAUUUUUAGAACAUUUAGGCUCAAUGAGUUUUCUAACCUGACUUUAGUGGGUGGAAACGAUAAGCUGCAGAGGUACAAAUGCAGUUAAAAUAACAAUGCAAAAGAACUAAUUCAUGAUCCACCAAUCUAAACUCUCUCUGCACCACCUGUGUUUGCUGCACUGAGGCACCUCCGUCCCGAAGCAGAAGCAGGAAAAGUGGGUUUGACUCUGCCCGAAAACCAGGAUUUAAGUUUGUGUGUUUGUGUGUGUGAUUUAAAAAAAAAAUAAUAAUAAAAUCCAGUUCUACCUUUGUAUAUUGUAGGAAAUCAGCAGGUGUGCUGUUUAGAUGUGACUGAACCUUUCUCAGGUCAUUUCCUAUGGGAAUCUCGAACAGAGUAUAAUUGAUGAGAUGUGGAAAACAAGCCAGAUCCAAGUUGCAUCACUGUGUUCUGAGACGAAAGGUGCAACAAACAGCCCUCCACUAAGCCAUACACAGAGGGGAUUGAGACCCUAGUAUUCCACAGCACGUUUUGGCAAACAGUAACCAGGAUCAUGUUCUGUGGUGGCACACGCUAGAUUUCUAAACUAGGGGAUUACACAUAGUAAAAUGUCCUAUGCUUCCGUCCGCCUAUUCCUUUCACUAUUAGUCUCGUGUAUUAUAUACUUUGUGUUUUUGUUUUCUUCCUGUAUGGUGAUUGAGGCUUGUGAAUCAUGUGUAUUUAAGUAUUCUCUGUUUGUCUACUUGCUGUUAUUUCUCUCUAAACUACACACAUUAUCAGUGCCUGAACAUAUAACAGAGCCAUGGUCACAGCAGUAUUUUAGUGAAGAGGCUAAUGCUUUGGGGAAUAAAUGCCAUAUCUAGUUGUCCUGUGGACAUAAUUUCUUCUUCACCUUUUAUGGCCAGUCUUUGUUUUGAAGAAGCAAAGUUUUUGUGCCAUUUUUGUGUUUAAAGCCUUUUUCAAUAUCCCCUCCCCCACCUUUCUGUUUAACCAUUGGCCAAGGCACAGUGUUAUUAAAAAAAAUGCCACUAUAGUGAAAAUUACAAUGGAUAAAAUUGAUCAGGCAAAUUUUCUAGAUGGCUGGUUCCUACAGAACUUCAAAGAGUAGUUUAUAAUAUAUUGUCUUUCUUUCUUUGUAGUGUCUUUGUCGUAGCAACUUUUGAUUGUAAAGACAGUAUUUGUCCUUCAUCACUUGCCUUAACUCUAGAAUUCUGCAGUUCUUCAGCAUUUGCACUCUCCUGGAGCUUGGCAUAAUUCUGUAAUCUUUGGCUGCUCCAUCCUUUUUGAGAAAAUAACUUAAAAAUAUUUAAAAUAAAUUAAAUAACUAAAAAAUAGACUUGCUACCGUUGAGCUGCAGUAUGUUUAAGAGGGCUAACCCCACACUGGCUUUUUUUCAUUUUUUUUUUUAUUUUUUAUGCUGUUCUAUUUGCACAAAAGGAAAUAAUUCUAGGGAGACAGUGGACUGGUUCCAUUGCAUAUGUCGGAAGAAUGUAACACCUUAUAAUCUAAAGGAUCCUGAAAAUCCUUGUAAUUUGAAUUGUUAUUCAGAAGUCUAUGGGGCAGGGGAAUCUGCAGGUUUAUAGCAUUUGUAUAACAAUUUAUAGAUUUCAUAGGACUCAUUUUAACCACCUGGUGCAGAGUAUUCUGGGUAAAUCUUUAUUUUGAGAAUAGGAGACCUGGUUUAUUUUAAUGUUUCAAUUACUUUUUUUUAUAUUUUUGCGCUUUUUUUUUAGUUUCUUUUUCUUCGGUAUUUUGGUUAAUAAUUGUAAUCAUUAAAUCGUUAUUUUGUGGGAAAAUAGCCCUGUAUUGUGUUGCUUACAAUCAAGUUACUAACAAUCACUUGUAAACUGUACAGCUCCGAUUGUAAAACAUGUAAACAUUUUUGUGUUUCGACUGUGUUUAAACGAUUGUGAUGUUUGUUAAACUUAGCCUGGUGUACAAUUCUCUGCUUUGCAGGCUCUUUUGACACAGCAGAUACCCGAUUACUACUGCUCUCCUUCAAUCUACUUUUAUGAUGGUUGAAAAGCUGCUGUGUAUUGUUUUAUGGGGAUAAAAAAAAAAAGAAACUUAAUUUGGGGGAUGGCCUUUUACCAACAAUCGCAGGUAAAGCAAAAAAAAAAAAAUCAUUGUUGUCAAUCAUAAACGGGUUCUUGAACUUUGGAAAUUUUAGCCUUCAAUAAAUUGAGGACAAUGUA